GUGAAGUGUGGGCCAAGUGCUGCCAAAUGUCCUUUAGUGGGUUAUGGUUGGUUAAGUAGGGACCGACCAUGUUUAGUAAUAGUUGGCAUCUUUGGUACUUAUCUAGCACUGUUCAGUGUCUCCUCAAAGCUUCCCAAAUACCUUUCUCAGACCCUAGCAUGGUGA